UGUGAAUGGUUUUGGUUUCAUAAUCAUUCAUGUAUUGAAAUACGAAAUUACGAAAAAAAUCAAAAUAGACUUAUUAAUUUAAGUAAUAAAUAAAACGUAUAAAUCGUUUUAAUAUAUAUUAGGUGCGUUACAGUAUAAUUAUAAUGGCUGCUUUAAUAAAACUUCGUCACAUGCCUGUUGUACAGAGAUCUGCUUGGAAUUACUUCACGAAAACUAGUCGCAACAUUUCCACUUCAAAGAAGAAUAGUGAUACGGCUACUACAGCUUGCGAUUCCAAAACAUCAGAAGAUAAAAAUUGGGUUAGCUACGGUUUCGAUUAUACUAGCAAGGAGGAAGAUACAAACGCGCACCAUGCAACCUAUUUCUUUUCAGUGACUUUAUGUCUUGUCUUUGGAGGAUUCGCAUGGGCUUAUGCUCCUGACGUACACAUGAGAGACUGGUCUCAAAGAGAAGCUUAUUUAGAACUGCACCGCAGAGAGAAAGCUGGUCUACCCCCCAUUGACCCCAAUUUUAUAAAUCCAAAGAACAUCAAAUUACCAUCUGAGGAAGAUCUAUGUGAUGUUGAAAUUAUUAUCUAAUUUAGCAGUGAUAUUUAUUACCAUUGAAAAUGUAGAUCCUAUGCAAUUGAUUAGUAAAUGAUAAAUAUUUUGUUAAA